AUGCCAUUCGAGCAGAUCACUGAUCUGAUAACCGAGCUUCCAUUCCCUGAAAGCAUGCAGACUAUCUUAGCAGAUGUAUUUUGUAUCAUCGAAGAGAUCCAGGAAUAUAUCCUUGAAUUGAUGCAAAAUUCAAACCCCUAUGACAUUUUCUUGACCAAAGUCCCGAUGCCGGUGCCAAUUCAUGGCUCCAAACACUGCCACCGAGAUGUCAAGGCCACUCUCCCAAUACUCGAUAUUGGGACUGGUCGGAGUCUGGACCACGAAUGA